UCCAAAUGAAAUAUGUCGACGCUGUGAGGAAGAAGGCAGUCUUGUUAGAAAAGCAGUAUUUGACUGGUCAAAGAGGAGGAGGAGCACGGUGAAUAAGGGUGUGCUCCAAAGUGCUAUAUUGGUGUUCAGGUGACUCUCCCUCGCAGGACACAAGUUGUCCAGUGGACUACAUCACACCACAUGACUUCACUAACACUGACCACCUGGGAGCUGCAAUUCAAGUCUCAUCUAAAGCUCCAAAUCUGACCAUGGUCUAAGAAAACUCCCUCCUCACUGUCUUGGGCCUCCUCGGUCCCUUCUCUCCCUCUCGGUCAUGUCCGUGUCCACCAGGAACCCACCCCAUCGCCGGCGCUCCUUGGGUCCCGUGUCGCCCAAGCGCAUCUACAGAAAUCUGUCCAUCAGACUGCGGGGAGGGGAGUCGUCCGUGGGCAGGGGAGCAGAGCCAGACCAUCACCCGGGCAAGUCUGCGGACGCUUACAAGACCUUGUGGGACGCGGUGGAGAACGAAGACACCUUGGCCGUACAAAGUCUGCUGUCCCGAGACCACGUCCACGGAGGAGGCUCGUGGGAGAAGAAGCAGAGAGAUCGGGAGAAAGAGAGGGAGAGUGGGGUGAACCGGGUGAGCGAGCAGGGCCUGGUCCCUCUGGACGUGGCCGCGCUUACCCACAAUUCCCCUCUGCUGCACGUGCUGGCGAAGGCUGGAGCCAAGCACAACCCUGUUUUGUGCAGACCGGAAGACUGGGAGCUGAAGCUGGAGGACCUGGUGGUGCUGGCGAAGAGGAAGGUGGAGGAGAGGAAGCAGGAGUUAGUGAGGAAGGCGGGUGCAGGGUCUCAGGCGCAGGCUGAUGUUCACAGACACAUCCGUCUAUGGAGUCUGCGGCUGCAGCUGUACUGUCGGAUGAAGGAGAACUUCCACAAAACAGAGCUGCCAGGCCCUCCCUGUCAGGUGUCUGUGCUGGUGACCAGCUCGUCUUCUCUCUUCCUGGUCAUCAAGGAGGAGGAGAGUACCUGCACGGGACUCAUCACCUGCUACAAAGUGGAAUGGAGCGCCUCAGCAAGCUUCAAACGCAUCCUUGGCUCAGCUCAAGUCACAGAGACCAAGAACCCCUCCUACAGCAUCAAGGGACUCACAUCUGGGGUGCAUUACUAUGUGAGGGUGAGUGCCUACAAUGUGAAAGGAUGGGGCCCCCCUCAAUGCUCCACUCCAGCCAACGCUGUCCCCUCCAGCUGGAGGGAGUGCAGCGGUGUCAAGUCCCAGUACAGGAACCAUGAAGGUCUCGUCAGGAAGCUCCUGGAAGAUGGCGGAGAGCCACAUAGCAGAGUAUACUGCCGAGAGAGCAUGAGCAGCAAGAGUCCCAGCAAGCGUCUGUCCAUGUCUCGGGGCAUCAAACAACUGUUCCAGUCUGCUACCAAGUUUGUCCGUCUGCUGCAGAGGGGCGUGUACUUGGCGACUGUGUUCUACCACCAGGAGAACAUCCUGGUGACGGCUGAAGACCAACUGCCGCUGGUGGAGAUCCAGUGCUGCUCCACCUUUCUCAUCCACAACUUUGUUUGGUUUGCAAAGUUGUCGUGUGCAUGGCAGCAAGUACCUUGGCUCCUGCAAGGACUCUCCUCCGCUCACUCCUCUCCAUCCUCACUCCUGCAGAACAGACACAGCAUCCUAAGAGCUGUCUCCCAGCUGCAGUCAUCACUGGGCACUAUGGACCUGGGCCAGGUCUACUAUGAGCCGCUCAAAGACCGGCAGGGCAACAUUUUACUUGUGACCUUGAAGGAGUUCCCACACCCUCCCAAUCACCCCGAGCCUCCGUUGCAAUGGAUGCCGCUGGCUCGCCUGGAGAAGAACCGGGGCAGAACUCCUCUCCUGCCUGAGCCCACCGCCAUGGACACGCUCUGUGAGCAGCUCAGGGAGAAGCUGGCCUACCACAGACGCAGCAACCAGCGGGGCCAGCCGGGUCUGUACGUGGGCAUCCUGAAACUGUGGAGCUCAGUGGAACACAUCCGGGUUCUGGUGCCCCAAAGGCUGCCCAAUCUACUGUGCCACACCCGAGUCAGACACAACGCCCACGUCAGCAGAGAAGAGUGGGCGUGGCUCCAGAGUAACGUCUACGCCACACCCGGCGACUGCAUCCAGAACCUGCUGGAUGACACGCUGGUGGAAAACGGCAGCUUGGUGGAGUUCAUCAGGUCCUUGAGAGCGGCCGUGUCUCACCUCCUCACCAAGCUCAACAUCCCCCUCUACAGGGCCUACCAGUACGGGGUGUACACCAGGGAGCUGCUGCAGUUGGGAGACCAAGUGUCCAUGCUGCUGCUGCUUCCUCCCAGUGAAGACUUCAGCUCCAGCUACUGGCCCCUGGUGGGCACCAAGGAGCCUGGCCUCACCAUGCCCCUGCAGAUCUUCGAGCUGGUUCACCUGCGGACGUACGAGCGGGACUUCCUGUCCCAGUACUGCCAGGCCUGGGUGAGACUGGAGCUGGACACCCACCUGGCCCAGCAGGCUCUGCGGGAGGCGCUGGACACCAAGGAGGUGCAGGUGGCCCGCCAGCGUCUCAACCACGUCAGCGAUCUUUCCCACCGUCUGGAGGUGGUGUGGCGGGAUGCUCGCUGGGUUAUGGACUGCCUCCAAUGUGUUCGGUCCAGGCAGUGGGUGGGGGCGGUGCCCCUGGGCUUGGUGAUGGGCGGAGACCCGCCUCCUCGUCCUGACGGGGAGGAAGAGGAAGAACGUCUGACCGCCAGCUUGAGGUGGCCCCAUCGGCUGCAGUUCCAGAAGGUGACCACAGAAAGUUCAGCCGGAACGACUGCAGCCAACGUGGUCACGGCCGAGGUGUCGUCACCGGCAGGGGACGCCGCCGUCGCCCAAGAAGCCGCGGCGGCGUCCCCGGAAGGCGUGGCCAAAGGAGGCUACCUCGUGGACAUCAGCGCCCAGUCCACCAUGGAUCUGACCUGCUUCUCCCCGUCAGAACUGGGAUGUGCCAGCACUUUACUGGACUCUGGACUGGAGCCCGCAGCUGUGGCACAGCUGGACGUGGACUUCACCGCUGCGGACGCACCCGGGCCCUGCGGCGGCACGCCGGACUUUCCCGCCAGCAUCGGCGAGGUCAUCCAGCCCAUGGAGAUGGCCGAGCUGGUGCACAUUCUGCCCACCCUGAGUCUCAUGGAGGAGGAAACCCCCAGUGGUCCUUCUGCGCCCUCCGUCAUGGACAUGCUGCAAAGCUUUGGACUUGCUGACCAGGACAGCUUCCUGGACCCGCCUGGUGAGGACCACAGACUUCCUCCAGGAGCGGACAAGAAGCCAGGGUUGACUUAUCCAGUCAGACACCAGGCAGAGUGGGACACAGCAUUCAGCGGCUCGUGCUGAUCAUGUAUCCACAAAACCUCUUUGCUCAGCUGCAGGACGGCUGAUUAGUUCCUCUGCACCCUUUCACAGGAACAGAUGAAACAUGAAAAAGUGCAGUUUUAGAUGGAAAGGUGUGUUUAUAUUGGAAACAUACAUUUGUGGCUCUUGAUUUCUUCCAUUAGCUUAAAGAGAAACUGCACCUUUUGUGGAAUUUUGCCAAUAAACCUUGUUAACAGAGUUAAACGAACGGUACCCAAGAACCUAAACUAACACUGAAUGAGGAGCAAACAAAUACGCAGCAGGCGGCAGGUAAUGUGAAAAGGGAAGAACAAAAAUUUAUUAGCACCUGUGCAGCACAUAUACAAUCAGGGCAUGUCACGUGACCAGCAAGUGGCCAAUCAGUCAUUGAGAGCACAAGAGACAAUACGUCAACACUCCCACUAGCUCUCAUACUGUUAACAUCAUCAUAAAAAUAAAAACAUUUGAAACAAAAUCAAAAAUCACAUGUCAUAAAUCACAUGAAUUAUUCUCCAAACAUAAAGCUUGAGAAUUUCGACAAUUUGCAUUUGGUUGCAGGCUUUGUCAUUACAUCUGCUACCAUUUGAUCUGUGGGAAGAUAUUGUAGACAUAUUUUACCAUCAUUCACAGCUGAUCUGACAAAAUGAUAUUUUAUGUCGACAUGUUUGCAUCGCUGUCUGUUUACAGGAUUCUUGGCUAAUGCAAUUGCACCCUGGUUAUCCUCAUAAACCUUUGGUGUAGCAGACUGACUCCCAUCAAUGCCAUUUAAAAGUUGGACUAAAUACAUACAUUCUUGUGUAGUUGCAGCUAAGGCCAUAUAUUCUGCCUCACAUGUUGACAGUGCAACUGUUGGUUGCUUUUUGGUCUUCCAUGAAACCAAAGGACCAUUUUCACACAAGCUUAUACAAUAUCCAGUUGUACUCCUUCUAUCAGUGGCGUCAGUCGCCCAAUCGGCAUCACUGUAAGCAUGUAGACUCAAACCAUUUUCACAAUAUUUGUAACACAAAACUUUGUCUGUUGUACCUUUUAGAUAUCUCAGCACAUGUUUCACAGUAACCCACUGUUCCUCUGUUGGAUUACUAAAGUAUUGUGACAAUUUGCUUACUACAAAGCUUAAAUCUGGUCUUGUACAUGUACUCAGGUAGAUCAAACUUCCUACUACUUCUCUGUACAAUUUUACAUCUGACAAGAGCUCAGAAUGGCUGUAAUUUAGCUUUGGUUCACAAGGUGUCGCUCUAGGUUUGCAAUUCACCAUGUCAAACUUUUCAAGCAAUUUUACUGAAUAUUUUUUCUGUGACAUUUUCACACAUGCAUCACUCUGACUAAAAUCAAUACCCAGAAAAUGUUUCAGAUGACCUAAAUCUCUCAUGUGGAAUCUUGCUUUAAGCAUUUCUUUUACAUUCAUCACUGCAUUUUCAUCACUGGCAGCAAUGAUCAAGUCAUCAACCCAUAUUAUCAGAAUCACUUUUUCAUUGUCAGUUUCUCUGAUGUAAACACAAUGGUCUGUCAGGUUUUGUACAAAGUUGUUGUCAGAUAAAUAGUCAUGUAAUAACUUGUUCCAGUUCCUGCCUGACUGUUUCAAACCAUAUAGUGACUUCUCUAACCGAUACACCUGUUUGGUACUAGAGUGCUCUUUAUAACCCUCAGGUUGUUCAAUAUAGAUUUCGCAAUCUAUUGGAGCAUGCAGAUACGCUGUUUUAACGUCCAUCUGAUGUAAAAUCAGGUUCUCCUGAGCUGCUUUUUGCAUGAUAACACGGACACUGGUCAAGUUAGCUGUAGGAGAGAACGUCUCGUCAUAGUCAACGCCCAUUUUCUGACUAUAUCCCUUAGCUACGUAUCUUGCUUUAUAUUUGUCAGAACCAUCAAUGUUAUUCUUAAUUGCAUAGACCCAUCUACCCCCCACUACGUCUUUACCCACAGGUAAGUUGGUCAGGGUAAAUGUGUUAUUCUCUCUGAGUGACUGCAUUUCGUCAUUCAUUGCAUUAACCCACUUUUCUGAAUUAGUUGAGUUUACAGCUUCCCUGAAGGUCAGGGGUACAUCACACAUGACUCUAUAACAAUAGUCCAUGCUAAAAUGUGUCUGGUCAUCACUAUCCACUUCACAUGUAUAAUCUUUUAAAUAUUCUGGUGGUCUCCUAUCUCUGGUAGGAUAACGUGUAGUGUCCUGUGCUGGACUGCCCUCAGGUUUUGUCACUGGACUCUGAACAUGGGGACUUCUCUGAGCUCGACCUGGACUCCUCUGUGCAUGGUCUGGACUCGCAUGUCUAUGCCUAGUCUCCUUUUUCACCCCAAAGUCAUCAUCAUCGUCAUAAACAGGCGUUGUGUCAGUCUGAGUCUGCUGCUCAGUAAUCUUCCUGCAUGAAAAUUUCACAAGUCUGUGCUUUUUCACUCUAUGAGUGCCAGGAUAAUAGACUAUGUAGGCCGGGCUAUUUUUGUCAUAUCCUACAAAAAUACCCUCUUCACACCUUGACUCUAGCUUUGUCUUGUCCUGUUUAUAUGCAUAACAUGUUGACCCAAACUUUUGCAUUCUAGAUACAUUUGGUCUUUUUCCAGUCAACAGUUGGUAAGGAGUCUUUUUAGUGCGUCUGUUAAAACACCUAUUUCUAAUGACAGCAGCUGUCUGCACUGCAUAUGUCCACAAACACUUAGGUAACUCGCUCUCUAUGAGCAUACACCUAGCCAUGUCAAAUAAGGUUCGCCAACUGCGUUCAGCAGUACCGUUUUGAUGCGGCGAGUACGGUGCCGACGUCUCAUGUCGGAUUCUAUUAGUACGAAGCAGUGUUUGGUAAUUCUUACCAGUGAAUUCCGUACCCAUAUCAGACCUAAUACAUCUGACCUUCCCAUAAGGGGCUACGUCUGCUAAGAACUUUUCAGUUGCUUGGACUGUGUCACUCUUAUUUUUAAGAAAAUAAGUAAACAUUGCACUGGAAUAAUCAUCCGUAAAACAUAAUGCAUAUUUAUGCCCAUCCUUAGACUCUGUGGCUAUUGGUCCUGCUAAAUCAGUGUGUACCAAAUCUAGAGGAGCUUUGGCCCUCAUAUCAGGCUUCCUGUUUCUAGUUUGGACAAACUUGCCUUGUGUACAGACAUCACAUUGUAAUGUUGACUUGUCUACUUUACCUUUAAUAGUCAUACCAGAAACAACAUUUUGUAAUUGUUCUACAUCUGCAUAAUUACAGUGACCUAGGAUCUCAUGCCAUGUCUGUAAAUCAUUACAUCCCAUACACUGGUCAUCACAUUCAUUUUUCUCCACUGUGUGUAAAUAGUACAAUCUAUUGUGUUCAUGGAUAUAGAAUUGUGUACCGUUUCUGUGUUGUAGGACGUCUUCACCCUCCUUGAAGAUGACGGUUGCUCCGCUGGCAGUAGCUGCUUUCACAGAAAAGAUGUCCUGCGGGUAUGAAGGCACAAAUAGUGCAUCUUUCAGCACUGUGCGUCGGUGGCGUCCUGCGCUGUCCACCAAAUACACCUCUGCAUCUCCUCUGCGCUCGGCGACCCCUUUGCUCCUGGUUCCAUCGGCCAGCUCCACACAGUGAGUUUCUGCCUGGAACCCGUCGUCAAAGGAUUUGAACCUUGACACGUCGGUGAUGAUGUGAGAAGUGGCUCCUGUGUCCACCAUCAGACCUUUUCCUCUGACACCAGAUCCGCGUCGGAUGUCUCUGCGUCCACUUUGGAUGUCUCCGCGUCGGAUGUCUCUGCGUCCACUUUGGAUGUCUCUGCGUCGGAUGUCUCCGCGUCCACUUUGGAUGUCUCUGCGUCGGAUGUCUCCGCGUCCUCGCUGGAUGUCUCCGCGUCGGAUGUCUCCGGCAACGAACGCGUAGUCAUUGUCCUCCACUGCCUCGGAGACCCCUCGGGCGUUGUCUCGCCUCUGUCUCCGUCUGCAGGUUGCGUCACGGUGUGUGUUGCUCCUACAGUGGCUGCACCACUGUGUUUGUUCACAUGAGGUGGAUUUGUGACCUCGUUGGCCACACCUGAAGCAAACAAUAUUGUCCACACUCCCCGUCCAGCGAGUCCCACUAGCACUGGCCGUAGCAGGUUUGCCCCUCGGCUGAACUCGGGCCUUCAUGACGUUGUCCUCUGAUGCAGUCGUGCCGCGUAGUUUCUCUGUAUCCUCAUAGCUGCGGAGUUUUGUCUUGAAUUCUGCAAACGAGAGUGUCCUCUCACUCUGCGUAACGUGGAUUGAGAACGGUUUGUAUGAUUCUGGUAAUCCCUUCAAAACCAUAGCUAUUAAAAGCCCAUCACUCAAAACCUCUUCCGCGUUUCUCAAUGCAGUAAUUGCAGUCUCUGCACGUAUCAUAUAUUCAGUCACACUUUCACUGCUCAACUUUUGCAGUGAAGUAAGUUCAGUAUACAAACUGAUUACACGUGGCUUCCCUUUACCUGCGUAGUAUCCCCUCAGGAUUUUCAACGCCUCGCGCCCAUUGUCUGCUGCCUCCCUCAUUACAAGGGACAGACUCUUAUCGUCGAGGAAUUGUAUGAGCUCCGCGUAGGCUUCACCAUUCUUUUCUGCAUCUGCAGCGCGGACAGCAGCCGUUGCUCCUUCUGCUGGCGGUGUCAAGAUUGUGUCUCUUAGUUUCUGUAGGCGAAGGUGGCCUAAAAAUUUGGUCUCCCAUAAUUCAUAGUUCUUUUCGUCUCCGUCAAAGACGAGUCGAUACCAUCGACCACCACCAGUACCUCCAUCUCUACAAGCCAUGGUGCUAGUAGUAGUAGCCUACUACUAAAACUAAGACACGCCGUUUUAUCUCGGUGGCUCACCGGUAAA